CAACACACUCACAGCUGACUGUUGUUGUUGUCAUCACUUCUGGAGGUUUAUCACCGAAAACAAUGUCCACAGUCUGUGAUAAUAGCGGUGAAGAACAACUGGAACAGUGUCUCUAUCGAUACAAAGAUGAGUUAUCACUCGUCAACUCAUCGCUAGAUUUGGAUCAAACCAACGAAGAGUUGGUAGAAUUGAGAGACAAAUUACUUGAGAUAAUCGCUUUGACCGAAGCCGAUUUAAUUGGUGUCAAAAAAGCGCGACUUUUAGCUCAACUCGAUUCACAACAAUUCAGUGAUAACUCAAACAACGAUGUCGUCAGCGCUGGCGAACCAAAGCCAUCGACAUCUUCGUCGACAUCACCCGAAGACAGCCUCAACACCGCCGACGAGACAGACGUAGCGUUGGAUGCGCUGAACGACUCGUUAACCUCAUUGAAUGGCAAGGAAUGUCGGGUCCCGUUGUGCGGGACCAACGGUGCCGUCAGUUAUCACAACGCGAUCCUAAUGACCACCGAUGACGGCGUCGACGGCACCAGUGAUACCAUUACAGUGAAGGCCUUCUUCACAUAUCCGACGACCAAAUCGAUGCUCUCGUGUCCGCACUAUCUGUCGGCGAAGUGUCGCUAUUCGGACGACAAGUGCCGGUACUCUCACGGACUGGACGUCCUCUUGACGGACAUUAAGCCCUACGAAGCGGUCGACUAUUCGACGCUCAGUCGCGACUCCAUAUGUUUGGCCAAAAACUCUGAGGACUCUCUUUGGCACAAAGCGGUCGUCGACGACAUCCGCGACGAUAAGAUUGUCGUCAAGUAUUGCGACGAAGACGUUGUCGACAGCCUCGACAUCGAGGACGUGUUGCCAUUGAGUGGUAGUGACGCGGAUUGUCUUCGCGGUGGCCGCGAGUUGUCGUUAAGUGAUUACACGAGCGAUAGUAAUGGCGACCAAUUGAUGGUCACUAUGUUUAAGAGCGGUUCCCAAGCGAUGGCUGAAUGGGAAACACACACCAAAGGCAUCGGAUCUAAACUGAUGGCCCGCAUGGGUUACGUGUGGGGACAGGGAUUGGGUCGCAAUGGCGAGGGUAUUGUCGAGCCCGUCGAGGCCUACGUCUACCCGUCCGGCAAGUCGUUGGACACGUGCAUCGAAUUGAGAGACAAAUACCAGAAUUCGGAUCAAUUGAGAGCCCGAAUCAAACUGAAGGAGAAGACUCUGCGGAAGACUAUCAGUGAUGGCUAUAAUCGCUGCAAACCAGAGGACAGUGUCUUUGAUUUCAUCAAUAAUAAAGUGUUUGCCAUAAAGAAAGACAAUUCAAAGCCGUCGUCGAGUGGCGGGUCGUCAGCGCCGGUGUCCGCGAAGGAUCUGAAGGCUAAGAAUGACCAGUCGUUGAACGUAUCGGCGCUCAAGAUAUCGGAAGACAUCCGCAAAGCGGAGUCGGAGUUAAAGCGAUUGCAGGACUCGAUGGCCAGGAAUCAGACGAGAGAUCCGGUGAUGUAUAACCAGUUGCGGCAAAGAGUGGACAAACAGAACCAACUGAUCGCCGGUCUUAAGCGCAAAGAGUCGCUCAUUAAUAGGGAACAGAACUCGAGGUCUAAUAAACAGAAGUUAAGCAUUUUUUGA